GCCACCGCGUGCGUAACGUCGUUUCCUCCGUUCCGUUUUUGUUUUCGUCCGCGGAUUCACCCCGUCGACGUACGUUCGUCAUUCACGCGCACCCUUACUGUGCUUACGUUCGCGAACGUGCCUUCGACGUAUUUCCAAGAAAAUACACGCGAGAUAGAAUUGAUCGCCGCAGCGAAAAAUCGAUCACGUGUGACGACGCGCGAGUUCCUUGGGACUAGUACCGAAGAGGCUCAGUGAAAAAACGGGGAUGAAGAACACCUUGGAGACACGGAGGACGUUGCUUCGACCGACGUUGCUUCGAUCCGUGCUUGGAGAACGAUCCUGAGGCGAGCGGAUGUGCAAAGAGACGCCAUCGUCGAGGAUAACAACCGACCUGGGGCUGUCCUUGAGCGAAUUACCUGAUUGGGCGAUCGCCGGCGAGCUUCCAUGAAGACAUCGCAUCUCAGCGACCAUGAAGACUGAUUGCCUGCCAAUAAUUGCCAAGUUCUGGGCAUUGCUGGCGCUGUUCGGGGCAACUGUCGACGUACGAGCGCUCGAUAUACGAUCGUGCAACCAGUCUUUGGGUAUGGAAUCCGGCGAUAUACCAGAUUCGGCCAUCACGGCAUCCUCUUCGUACGUGACGAACGUCGGUCCUCGAAAUGGCAGGCUGCGCAAGGAGACGGCAGGCGGAGCCUGGUGCCCUAAGAGCCAAAUAGAGAGAGGAAUUCGUGAGUGGUUGCAAGUGGAUCUUUCCGGACCUCACGUGAUCACCGGUGUACAGAGUCAGGGUCGUUACGAUCACGGUCGUGGACAGGAAUACGUGGAGGAGUACACCCUGGAGUAUCGACGUCCUGGAUUCACCGAGUGGCGACGAUAUAAGCGCUGGGAUAACAAGGAGGUCCUGGCUGGAAACAGCGAUACCUCGACCGUGGUUUCCCAUCGAUUGAUACCACCGAUCUUCGCCAGCCAGAUUCGGGUUCUGCCACAUUCGGAACACAGGCGCACCGUUUGCCUUCGUAUCGAGCUGAGGGGAUGCAAGGACACCAGUGGUGUCGUGAGUUAUACUAUACCGGAUUCACCGACACCAGAGCUGAGCGACAUCUCGUACGACGGUAAAAGGGAAGACAACUUGUUGACCGAUGGUUUGGGCCGAUUGAUCGAUGGCGAGGUCGGUGCGGAUAAUUACAGACUAGACAUGGGAGAUGGAAGAGGCACCGGUUGGAUCGCGUGGAUGCGGGACACCUUCGAGGACGAUUACGUGGAGCUCGUGUUCGAAUUCGAAGUGACCUGGAUCUUCGAGGCGGUGCACAUUUAUACCAACAAUUAUUUCUCGAGAGAUGUGCAGGUAUUCUCUAAAGCAGACGUUUGGUUCAGUCUGGACGGUGAAACUUAUGAAGAAGACCCAUUGUCUUAUUCUUACAUCCCAGACAUCGUACUAGAAAAUGCAAGGAACGUCUCCAUAGGUUUACACGAACGUCGUGGAAGGUUUCUGAAAAUACAUUUGUAUUUCGCCGCCCGAUGGAUCAUAAUUGGCGAGGUGACUUUCGAUGGAACGAAUCCCUACGAAAAUACCACGGAGGAGUCGGCGUCCGAGUUCAGCAACGGAGAAAUUCCAAUGAACCCCGGGGUGGAUCUUAACUUGCAAACAAUUACAGCAGCGGGAGAGGGUCAGGAAUAUUUAGAGGUACUAAUAGGUGUUCUGACUGCCAUUAUCCUGCUUCUUCUGUUGGUGUUCGUCAUUAUUCUGCUUCUGAAUCGACGGCAAAAACUCCAGAGCUCGCCGACCGUGCUGAAAAAUCCAUUUGGAUUCGCCAUAAACAUGAAGGGACUCCUCCUGAAUCUAACCCCCGGCGGAAUGCUGGCAGAAACUGCCAAUCACGUAUCACCGGACAUACCGGAAGACGGAAGCAUGCACGAGUCUUUGACAAUGGAACAAUUCAAUUCACCUCUCGUCAGUCCGCAGUAUAAAUCUACGUACGCGAUCGUCGCCACUUCCGAGUCUCCAAAGGACCUGAAGGAUGUAAACGUCUCAGAGGAGAACGUACGACUGGACACGAGGCCAGAAUCGACCAUAGGACCAACAAGCUGUUCGUCGUCUCCAACAAACUCUCCUGCCCGACACUCGCAGCAUUACAGGACCCUUCAAAGUUACACGAGUCCAACUGCGAAACUCAAUAUCGCAGCCACGUCUAAUCACCAACGGGAUGUCGAUCAGAUCCACUCGAAACGCUGGCACACAGCUCCCAAAGAGAAACACAAGAUACCUGCACCUGUCGUCAGCUGGAAUAUCGCACCCAGCAUGAACAAACCGUACAAAUGCAAGGAAAUAGAACCCACAAAUAUACCACGACAGUGCCUACGUACCACAGAGAAGCUUGGUUCAAGAAAUAUCGGCGAGGCGAUAGUUUGCGAGGCUGUCGGGCUCGAGGACGUGAUACCGGAUGCCCCGAGACUCGUGGUGGCUCGCGUGCCGGCCUGCACCAGCGACAUUCGAGCCGGUAGUGCGACGGAACAAAUGAGAGAAGUCCGAUUCCUGUCGAGCCUAUCCGAUCCGAACAUGGCCAGGAUCCUGGGAGUAUGCACCAUGGAUCCAGUGCCGUGGACGAUCAUCGAGUACACGGAACUCGGUGAUCUGGCCCAUUAUCUUCAGUACAGUGUGCCACUUACGGGAACGCUUAGGCCGAGCUGCAAUUUGAAAGCCCUUAGUCAAAGCUGCCUGCUGUACAUGGGCACCCAGAUAGCAUCAGGCAUGAGGUUCCUCGAGUGUAAGAAUCUGGUGCACAAGGACCUAGCAGCCAGGAACUGUCUAGUGGGUCGUUCUUACACCGUGAAAGUGACCGACAUAGCGAUGUGCAGUGACCUUUACAAGAAGGAUUACAGUGACAUAGGCGGCAGACCACCGGCGCCAAUUAGAUGGCUGCCGUGGGAAAGCAUUCUAUUGGACAGGUACACUUGCUCCAGCAGCGUAUGGUCAUUCGCUGUUACUCUGUGGGAGGUGAUGAGUUUGGCUAGGGAAAAACCGUUUCAACAUCUGACCAACGAUCAGGUCAUACAGAAUGCUGAACACAUGUAUUAUGGAGCUGAGCUACAAAUAUAUCUCCCCAAACCAACGAUGUGUCCAGAAGAAGUCUACCGAAUGAUGUGUUCAUGUUGGCGAAGGGACGAGACCUCAAGACCGACAUUCAAAGACAUUUACACGUUCCUGAAGAGUAUAAUCGCGGACUAUCGACCUGGUGCAUAAAACGAUCCCAGUUAACUGUGAUACAACGGACAAAAAAUGAUUCCCAUCUUCUUCCCUGCGAGGGAGAAGUAGAUCUCUCGAGUUGAACUGUCCGAAAGUGUACAAUCGUUAGUUUUAAACCUCGAGCCGCGUUGAAUUUCGAGUUAAUCUUGGCGAGGAUCGAACGAGAAAUUUUCACGCGACUCGAUAAAUCUUUCUGUUCUCGAAUCUCUGACUCGCUAUUCUGAACGCGAGAGAAAUUGUAUCGCGCUGAAAUCUGAUGACUUUCUGCUUUUCGAUGAACACGUAUGAUCCUCGAUAUUUUCUAGUCAACUCGAUCAAUCGAUUCCUACGAGAGUGCUGCUAUCGUGUACAGUAUCUGGACGCUACGAUGCACUGAUUAAGUCUAUCCACUUGUAAAUACGAGUAUAGAUACCGAUGCUAGGUGAACGAGAGGAACUUUUAUAUUGUAGCUGGUGUUAUUUGCAAAAUUAUAGGUCGAAUGAAUCAAUUUUAUUGUCUUAUUUAUUGUUGAAUAAUAAUUCAAUUAUGUGGUUCAAUUUUUCUGAUACAGAAAGAGGAGCUAGCAGAAGUUACUACAAGAUUUAUAGGCUAGGUUUAUUCUAAUCAAAUCCUGAUUUAUGGUAAAUCAAGGUUUAUGCUAUCUAAACUGAUUCAAAUUUACUUCAGUGUUGACUAAACUCAUUUAAUUAAUUUACUGCUGGCAUUAACUAUACUGAUUCAAUUUUAUUACUGAUUAGAAUGAUUGAAUUUUGAAGAUUGGUAAUGCCUGAACUGAUUUAAUUAAUGCACUGCUAGUACUAACUAAACUGAUACAACUUUUACAAUUAGACUAAAUUAGUUUCAUUAACUGUUAAUUUAAAGAUGUGUUUAUACAAGUAAAUGUGCAGAUAAUUAGCUAGAAAUAACAAAGAGAUCUGGCAAGUUAUUUUCCUCACCUUAAAGUGCUUGUCAGACUACUUAUCUGCCUGUUUGCCAAGAUGGAAUGCACCUUUAAGUUUGUAAAUAAUUGCUCCUUUUGUGUAAGGUUAUAAAGAUUUAUCAGUUCAGUGAGUACUUUCUGAAAUCUUUUGCAUGGACAAUCUAUAUGUAACCAUUUUACAUGGUAAUAGUAUGAAGUCAUGAAGGAUUCUAGUGGCGAAGAGAAAUUUUCAUGUAUAAUUUGUAAAUGUUGGACCUUUACUUUGAAUAUAGUCAUACACAUGAUUUUUUGUUACAUUUGUGAUCCAUUUUGUGAAUGAAUAUUUUUACAUCUGGGUUUAGAUAUUUAAUUAUAUUGUAAGGAGUAGUUUUAUGUAAGAACUUAUUCAGACUUUAUAUUUGAACAACUUUUAUAUGUUACGUUAAAGCUUAUUUCUUGAGCUACUGGUAAAUAAGUACAGACAUUUGAAUUUUUUAAACAUCAUGUCCUAACUUGAACAUGAAAUAUUUUCUAAAUUAUCCAGCAUCUAUACUUUAAAAUCAUAGAUAAAGAAAUUUAUAAUAUGAUCCAUCAACAUGUUAAAUCAGAAGUAGACAGAGAUGUCACCUUAUGUGAACACCUAAAAAUGAGUACAAAUAAGAUUAGAAAGUAUCAAAAUCAUCUAAAAAGAAGCUACUAUUGAAUUAGACUCUCAAGUUCAACAUUGUAAUUAACUCCUUACAGACAGAACACUAAAUUGAUCUUCAGAAUAAAUCAUACUUAACUUCAACCCCUAUUUAAGGUUACAGAAAGUUAAAAUAUAUGUUGCUUUCUCAUUUAAGUUAAAUUGCAUAUCUUUUUUAAUUAACAAAUUUAUCAUUUUUACAUUUACUAAUUUUAUCUGUACUUAUAACACAUGAAGAAUUAAAAUAUACAAAAUUAUACUCAAAUAGUUAAGACGUUAAUUUACAGUUACUCUUUAAAUCACAUCCAGCAAUAACAUGUUUUACAAAUAAAAUUUCUCGAUUUCAAAACACCAGCUACAACGAAAAUUUCCGCUUACUUGUACAUUCGAAGCCCGUACGUAGCAAAGUACUUAUAUCGUUCCAUUGUGUAUUCCUUUCCGUUCGAAAAAAAAAAGAAUUCACCGUCGUUAGAGCGGGCGUAGAUUCGAAACCCGAUUCUCGAUCUGUUAAUCGCGAGAACGUAAUUAAUCGACACGCUCCUUCCUUUGAUUUAUCAUUUAAGGACAGACAAAAAGGAUCGUCACUUUGUCACGCUUCGAGAAGUGUCGAUCCACGUUUUUAGGCUGCGUUAUUCGAGCCCCCCGAUGAAAAAAAUUGCGAACAAACGUUUGAACGAAACGAUAUCGACCUGUUAGAACGGAAAUCGUGACAGAACAAAAUUGUGGAUAACUGUUCACAGUUUUGGGACACAGAGAAAGGUGUAUAUACUUAUACAUAUAGAUUCGCUGUUGGUAAAGUGCCAAAAACAGAGUCAGCCGUUCAAACGUUCCCCUCUGCACGCAUCUUUUCUGUAAUUCUUAAGAUGGAUCCAAGUAUACGUUGAAAUGAUUAACAAAUAAAGUACUGAGUGUUCCUUUCUGAUUUUGA